AAUCCAAGGUAAAAAGGGAGUUCAGAAAGAAAAGGAAAAAUCUCAAGAAGGUGAAUGUCCUCUUUACGACCCGAUCUCCUCAGUCUCAGAGUACCACUUCCGUGGUGGGAAGUGGCAGGCUAUGCGUUACCCGACCUGUGUGUUCCCUAUGCUGCCUUCCUGUAGCCAGAAGCACCUGCAGAGCCACUCCAUCUGAGUUGACCCAGCUGCCUCUACCAUGCUCUACCUCAAUGGGUUAGGGAAGAGAUUGCAGACCAGAAGAACCACAGGGCUUCUAACCAAAGGUAAAAUGAAUGAAAAUAAACCAAGUGACUCACGGACUCUCGCUUGUGUUUUCUGUCGAAAAAAUGAUGAUUGUCCUAAUAAAUAUGGAGAAAAGAAAAUUGAUGAGAAAUGGAAUCUCACUGUACAUUACUAUUGUUUGUUGAUGUCAAGUGGAAUUUGGCAAAGAGGUAAAGAAGAAGAAGGAGUUUAUGGUUUCCUAAUAGAAGACAUAAGGAAAGAAGUGAAUAGAGCUUCUAAACUGAAAUGCUGUGUUUGCAAGAAAAGUGGUGCUUCAAUUGGAUGUGUUGCACCUCGAUGUAAACGAAGUUAUCAUUUCCCGUGUGGACUUCAGAGAGAAUGUAUUUUCCAGUUCACUGGCAAUUUUGCGUCAUUUUGUUGGAACCAUCGACCUGUUCAAAUAAUUACACCUAAUAAUUAUAGAGAAUCCUUACCAUGCACCAUUUGCUUGGAAUUUAUUGAGCCUAUUCCAACUUAUAGCAUAUUACGAAGUCCUUGUUGUAAGAAUGCUUGGUUUCAUAGAGACUGUUUACAGGUUCAAGCAAUAAAUGCAGGAGUGUUUUUCUUUAGGUGCACAGUAUGCAAUAAUAGUGACAUAUUUCAGAAAGAGAUGUUGAGAAUGGGAAUUCAUAUUCCUGAAAAAGAUGCAUCUUGGGAAUUAGAAGAAAAUGCUUAUCAAGAGCUUCUGCAGCACUAUGAGCAUUGUGAUGUACGAAGAUGUCGUUGCAAGGAAGGGCGAGACUAUAAUGUGCCUAAUAGCAAAUGGGAAAUAAAGCGUUGUCAAUCUUGUGGUUCUAGUGGAACACAUUUAGCCUGUUCCUCACUACGAUCGUGGGAACAAAAUUGGGAGUGUUUGGACUGUAGAGGUAUUACCUACAACUCAGGGGGUUUCCAAAAAGCCAAAAAACAUACAUUACCCAACACUAACAAUGUUGGAAUAAAUGAUUGCUUGUUGGAAGAAUCAUCACCUAAAUUACCCAGACAGUCACCUGGAGCCCAGCAAAAAGAUCUGCUGAGGCAAGGCAACAAAUUUAGGAGAGACAUUUCAACAAUAAUUAUAGAGCUAGGAUUUCAAAUUAUUAAAAAAACAAAAAGAUUAUAUAUCAACAAAGCCGAUAUCUGGAAUAGUGCCUUAAAUGGAUUCAGAAAUCAAAAGUUUAAUCCUUCAUACACAAUUGAAGUUGCAUAUGUUAAUGAAAAUGAUAAUUUUGGAACAGAGCAUCCUGGAUCAAAGCAAGAAUUCCUAAGUCUUUUAAUGCAACAUCUUGAGAACUCACCAUUGUUUGAAGGGUCCUUGUCAAAGAACUUGUCCCUAAAUUCUCAAGCUCUGAAAGAGAAUCAUUACUAUGAAGCUGGCAAAAUGCUUGCCAUUUCUUUGGCUCAUGGUGGUCCUUCACCUGGUUUUUUUUCUAAAACUUUGUUUAACUGCCUUGUUUUUGGACCAGAAAAUACCUUUCCAACUUUAGAUGAUGUUUCAGACUUUGAUGUGGCACAGAUUUUAAUCAGGAUAAAUAGUGCAACAAAUGUAGCUGACUUAAACUCAAUUAUGAAUGAAUACUAUAACUACCUAGAGCUUAUUGGAUGUCUAAGAAUUAUAACAUCAUUAAGUGACAAAUAUUUAUUGGCAAAAGACAUACUUGCUUACCAUGUAAUUAAAAGAGUCCAAGCACCUUUUGAAAGUUUUAAGCAGGGUCUGAAAACUCUUGGAGUUUUGGAGAAAAUUCAGACUUAUCCAGAAGCAUUUUAUAGCAUCUUCUGUCAUAAACCUGAGAAUCUUUCUGCAAAAAUGCUUAGAGAUCUUUUUACAGUAAACACAUGUGACGCACAGUCUUUGGGAUUUUGGAACAGUUACUUACAGGCUGUUGAGGAUGGUAAAUCUGCAACAACAUUGGAAGACAUUCUUAUUUUUGCAACUGGUUGCAAUUCCAUUCCACCUGCUGGAUUUAAACCCACUCCUUCAGUUGAGUGCCUUCAUAUGGAUUUUCCUGUUGGAAACAAGUGUAAUAACUGUCUAGCUCUUCCAAUUACCAGUACAUAUAAAGAAUUUCAAGAAAAAAUGGACUUUUCCAUAAGAAACACUUUAAGACUAGAAAAAGAAGAAAGCUCUCACUACAUUGGACAUUAAGAUGUUUUGAACAAAGAGAUGCUUCUUUAAAGCUGCUAUUGAUAUUUUUGUUUCAGAAAUCUGUCCAUUAUCAAACAAACUUGUCAGCUUCUUGGUCCAAUAAAAUUAUGAUGUGAAUAUUAA